AUGGUUAACCCUUGGCAACCCGGUGUCGAUUACAACCAUGGGGACUGUGUUGAAUAUAAAGGUGCUACGUAUAGGAUCAUCCAGCCACACUUCUCGCAAGGUGACUGGACUCCUGAUGUGACCCCUGCGCUCUGGGGACGUGAAUACGGAGCUGCCCCUACCCAACCACCGCAGCAGAGUUACAAUCAACCACCGCCCGAGCAGCGUCCUUGGGAUCAGCAUGAUCAGACCAAGGUUGAGUUGGCGAAGAGGAAAAGCAAAAGAAUUGGUACGAUCUUGACCCUGAGCGUCGCAAGCAGCUCGAGGCAAAUCGGAGGCGGCCUUCUUGCCGGUGCGGCCCUUCUCGGUGGUGGCUUCCUGGCUUACAAGAAGCACAAGGAGAACGAGGAGGAUAAGAAGGCUCUGGCCUGGGGCUUACAGAACUGGAUGACCGACGCCCAAAGGCGUUCACAGAGUUUCUAUCAGGGCGGUUACUCCGGCAAACCUACUUGGGUUUUGACCAAAGGCAACCGAAUUCCUCAAGGCGCCUUCCAAGCCGGACAGGAAUCCGAUGGUACCCACUAUACGUCGGUCGCACUUUCUUCGAGGGGGGAAUUCAUCCCGGUAAAGUUAGCCCCAACUUCCAGAAAGGAUGUAUUAUUGGGUAUGGCGGUGAUGAGAUUGAGGUAUGAAAUUGUUCAGGUCGAAGACUAUGAGAUCUUGAUAGCCGACCACGAUCUGUCCAUUGGGCCGAGGCAAGUGAAUGGACCGCUCUAUAUUGUUCAAGCCCCAUACAAGGAAGGAACUCACCCUGGCAAGACAGGACCGCAUCUCCAGGGAGCGGAUAUUACUUACGGUGGAAAGGAAAAGAUUGUUAAUAACUACCGAAUCCUCGUGUACAACUACUAA